UCCAGUGGUAAAUUAUAAAGAUACACAAAUGAUUAAGGGGAGUUUCAUUUAAUUUAAACAGCUGUUCAAAAGAGAAGUCUGAUGGACCUGAGAGAGAGAGAGAGAGAGAGAGAGAGAGAGAGUUUAUGCAGGAGGUUUAUUCUGUUAUCAGUGAGUGAAUCAUUUGAACGAGUCUUUAAGUUUCACUUCACCAGUCACAUCACCGCUGACUAAAUAAAGAUGAGAUCAUACAGCAGCAUGAGGACACGCUUUCACCAUCACAGCCUGAGUCUCCUGUUCCUUUUACUAUCAGUGAUCUUCAGCUCUGCUGGUGAAUCUUCAGUUCAGGAUCUGAUCGGUGCUGUAGGAGACUCUGUUACAUUCCCCAUCAGUGUCCCUGUUACUGGUUAUAUAAAUUAUAAAGGCGACACAGUUGGACUGGUGUUUAAUAAACAGAGUGACACAGAGCUGAGUCAGAAGUUUGUGAAUCGUCUUCAGUGGGUCAGUCAGAGUGGGUUCUUCACUCUCUCAGACCUGAGAACAGAUGAUUCAGGACUUUACACAGUGCAGAGCACUAAAGAGCAGAAGGGAAAACAGGAUUAUCAGUUGGAGGUGUACGAGAGAGUUUCAGCUCCUCAGGUGAUGAACUCAGCCUUCAGUUCUUCGGAGUUCUGUUCAUUCCUGUGUUCUGUGAGGAACAUCAAAGGACUGAAGCUGUCUUUAUAUGAAGACGGUGUUUUAUUAAACCACACCAGCAGCAGCGACACAUCCGACAUCACACUGAAUCUUCAUCUAGAAAUAAAGAAGACGAACAAUCACACCUUCAGCUGUGUGGCUUCCAACCCAGUCAGUGACAAGACAACCUCAAUAAACAUCACACACUACUGCUCUCUGAACACAGGAGCUGUUGAUGUUGAUCCUCAUCGAACCCAUGUGUUCGUUCCUGUCAUAUGCACCGUGCUGUUAUUAGGGUCAAUGAUCAUGAUGUAUGUGUGGACAAAUGUGUGUUUGUGGAAAAGGAAACUACAUCAAUCCAGUCAGUGUACAGAAAGCAGGAAAGCACAUGAGGUUCUGUCUGUGAUGACAUCAGUGGUUUAUCACCAGGUGUGUGUGCCGUGACUGCAGCAGGCGGUGCCAGUCUGUGGGGUUGUGAGGCCCGAGGCGAGAUCAUGAAAACUGGGCCCA